GUCAUCGGAAGACAUAGCCAGCGUGGAAGGAGUCCAUGGCUGGAGGUGCUUGUUGGGUUUGUCUGAGGACUUGAGCGGGGGUUUUCUGGGUUGUGUAGUGCUUUAUAUUAAUAUAUAAGGUCUGUUAUGAUGGAGGUUCUGCAGCCAGGGCAGCUGUUGUGUUGGCUGGGCGCUCUGACUGUGGCCUGGCUGACGGCCCGCGCUUUCUACCGCCUGCUCUCCGGCCUCCGGGUUUGGAUCGUGGGGAACGGAUCCCUGAUCAGCGCCUCCAGACUCGGCACAUGGGCAGUUGUAACUGGGGCCACAGAUGGAAUCGGGAAAGCCUAUGCGGAGGAGCUUGCUCGCCGAGGCUUUUCCAUCGUCCUCAUAAGUCGUACUCAGGAGAAGUUGGACGAGGUGGCCAAAGCUAUCGAGAGCAAGUACAACGUCAAAUCCAAAACCAUCUCUGCAGACUUUGGAUCUGUGGACAUCUAUUCCAAGAUUGAAUCUGGACUGGCUGGGCUUGAAAUAGGAGUCCUAGUCAACAAUGUUGGAGUCUCCUACUCUUACCCUGAGUUUUUCCUCAACAUACCAGAUCUUGAUGAUUUAAUCACGAAGAUGAUCAACAUCAACAUCACCUCAGUUUGCCAGAUGACUCGUCUAGUGCUGCCCAGGAUGGUUGAGAGGUCUAAAGGCGUGAUCUUGAACAUUGCCUCUGCGAGUGGCAUGUAUCCUGUUCCUCUCCUCACUCUCUACUCGUCCUCUAAGGCUUUUGUGGACUUCUUCUCUCGUGGACUUGAUGCUGAGUACAAGAGCAAAGGCGUCAUCAUCCAGAGCGUGCUGCCCUUUUAUGUGACGACCAAGCUGAGCAAGAUCAAAAGAGCCUCUCUGGACAUUCCCACUCCUGAGCGCUAUGUAGCGGCCCAGCUGAACACUGUGGGUCUUCAGAGCCAGACUAAUGGAUACCUGCCGCACGCCAUCAUGGGUUGGGCGACCUCUGCUCUGCUCCCUGCAAGACUGCUUACCAAGGUCCUCAUGAACAUGGGCCUCUCUCAUCGUGCGCGUUUCUUGAAGAAACAGAAGCAGGGUUAGAAAAGGUGGAAGAAGAGGAUGGCUGGACGGAUAGAUGGAGAAGAAGAAAACAGUGAUGGACCAACCUCUAAUUCCUUAAAACUCCUUUUCCUUUCACAGUCCCACUACACUGCUCGUAAUAGGAUUGCUCAUUUGUGAUAGUUUCAAUCUGUACUUGAAUUUACUACAGUCCUGCAGAGAAGUCACCAUCAGUUCAGUGCUAACAGAAUCUAAAUUUGCCGGAUUUAGUGAUACAUUUUUAACUUUUGCUAAUAGAAGAACAUUAGCGAAUGAGUGUCUGUAAUGUUCUGCAGGUCUCUUUACAGUUUGUCCUUCUACUUCUUAGCACUUCUUAGCAUUAACGUUAAUGCUUGCAUAUUAAGCAUGAAGCUUUAUUUUCUGGACACAAAUGAGGUCUCAUUUAGGAGUAAAUUACAAUGCUGGUACUCCGUGGAUUAGGUGUGCUGCAGCUGGGAAACCCCUAUGCUGCAGAACUGAGUCUAAAGACCCUGACCUAGAUUCAGGUUUAAAUUCAGGGAAUUGCCCUUUAUAUUCUAGUUUGGUUCCCUGAUAAGUUUUAUUUUCAUGAGUGUCCUAGAUGUGGGUAAAACGUAACGUGAAGUACAGUACUGUGCAAAAGUCAGAGACCAUCCAGUCAUUGAGUGCGUUUACGUGAACUCAAUAAUCCGAUCAUAAUCUGAUUUCUGCAGUUAUCUGAUUAUUCAAGUAGUCAUGUAAACAGCACACUCUGAUUUUUUAGAUCGAAGUAUGAUCUAGAAAUUAGAGUUAAGAAAUCCGAUAAAGAGAGCUGGAUUUUAGCUCAGUAAUCAGAUUUCUCAGUGCAUGUAAACUCUUACUCUGAUUUCUUUCGGAUUUCUCAGUCUGCGCAUGUGCGAAAACAGACCGCGGCUCUGGAACUAAGCUAGCAGCAUUGCCGAGAGACAGCAGCAAAACACUUUUGAAGCAAUGCUGAAACCAACUACAUCUUCUAGAUGAUGCCUGUUCAUAUUUUCAGGUAAAGUGGUGCAGUGUUUAUAAAUGAAGUUUGAGUUUUACAUUACGUUUAUGUCACGUUUUCUUUGGUGAGUUUAUUGGUUGGUUGCAAAGCAGAAAUCUGAUUACUGUUUGACUCACAAAGACCUGGAGUUUUCCUAUUAUCUGAUUACCCAAGUGCAUGUAAACAUGUUGAUCAGAUUACUGACAAUCAGAUUAUGAAAUUCAUGUAAACACACUCAUUGAGUACAAGCCUCAACUACUAAAUAUAUCAAUUCUUUCACCCUUUGACUUCCAUUCUUUUCGGGAGACUUGCUUUGAGGUCUUCAAUCAAAUCUGCAUGGAAAUGAUUCCACACCUCAAGUUCAGUCUUAGACGUUGGUUGCAUUUUCUGCUUCUUGUUUUAUAUCUAACCUCCUCAGAAAUGCCUUCUGAAAAAUAAAUAACUUGUACUUAAUAGUGUCCUUGACUGAAAAUGAAAUAAAUGAACGGUGGUGUCUGACUUUUGCACAAUACCGCAUAGCUGUACAAACCUGUAAUUCAUCUUGUCCUCCAGUGACUUUUCUGUGAACGCUGUAGAUCAGAGGUCUUCAAAUCCAGACCUGAAAUCCAGUUUCUCGUCUUGGAUUUUGUAAUCACUGGUAGUUAAUUGAACCUGUUGAUGUACCUGGUUGGCCGCCUAGUGUACAUUUAUUACUGAAUCUGGAUUCAAGGUCUGGUUUUUUGAAGACCUCAGCUAUAGAUAAUAUUCCAAAGCUAAAAAAGGGUCCUUUGAAUCAACUUUUUAAAAGUGUUUACUGUAUGUUUAAUUUCAGUGACUUUGGUCCAUAUUUCUGUUCUUAGAUUGACAGCAGUUUUUUAUGAACUGCAUGUCCUGCAUUUAGAAUGCAUCACAGAUUCCAUUGGCUGUAUGCACAAGUGCCCUGUAAACUCUUAUGGGCAUUUAUUCGAACUUCAUAUGGGAUGAAUUUGCAUUGCACUAAGACAGGGUGGCAGGUUUAUUGUGUAUGUGAUUAUUAGUGUAGUGUAUCUGUCUGAUGACGGUACUACUAAUGCAGUGAGGUGAGGGGGGUAAGUUAAAUUCGGUGAGUAGGUUUGAAUAAGAGCACAGUUGUUUUUGCUAGUAUAGUACAUUCCCCAAAACAAUGCUUCCUGUCAACCAGGUAGUGCCAGAUUUGUUAUAAAAAUGCAUUUAUUUUCAGCCCAUUUUGUGUUCCCAGUGCAUUCGAUUGGAUUGGGCAGUGAGAACAACCACAGCACUUGAGCAGUCAGUGGAUGAAAUGAAGCAUGAUCUGAUGUCUGUUAUGUGAAUUUCAGACUUACUUGGCUUACAACAAUAAACGGAAUGCUUUCUCAUA